AUGAGCUCAAGCAGUGAGGAAAGUUAUGUGCGUAGCGAUGCUGGUCCGAUAAGAGCUAAAAAGAAAUAUCGGCAACAAUUCCGUGAUGAAUGGCUCCAAAUACAAGACUACCGUAAGUGGUUAACACGUGAUAAAAAGUCGGCUUAUAAAUGCAUUUGCACUGUUUGCGAAUCUUCUUUGAUUUCUGAUCUGGGUGCAAUUAAAAGACACAGUGAAAGUGCUAAGCAUAAACUUCGUCUUCCUGGCCUAUCGCAUGUGCGUACCAUUGAUAAUAUUUUUAAAAGUCAACAACGUGGAAGUGAUGAUGAUCAGCGGAAAAUUACAGAAUUAAAAUUAUCGGCUUUUAUGGCAGAACAUAAAAUAUCGCACAUAGUGAUGGAUCAUCUCGUUGAUUUACUUCCAAAAGCUUUUCCAGAUUCUAAAAUCGCAAGUAAUAUCAAACUUAUACACACUAAAUUACAAGCAGUAAUAAAUAACGUUAUCGGAGCUUCUGAAGGAGAAUGUUUAGUCGAAGAUUUAAAAUGCGUAAAGUUCUCUAUAAUGGUAGAUGAAAGUACCGAUGUUGCCAGUGUGAAAACAAUGUGUGUUGUAGUCAAAUAUUAUGAUUCUAAUUUAGGACGUAUCAUCAGUCGAUUCUGGGACCUUAUUCAAAUAUUUGAUGAUAAAAAAGCUUGA